CUCAACCUAGCCAUGUGCGAGCAGUUGGACCUGAUCGGGCGUACGGCGGAGCUGGCUCGAACCUUUGGCAUCGACUUCUUCUCCGUGCUGACCCGUGGGUCGCAGUACCGCGUGGAGAGCCUGCUGGUGCGGCUGGCGCACACCAACAACUUCAUAAUGCCCUCUCCGAGCCGGGAACAGGUCGGCUCCCAGCCCGCCAUGGAGGCCAUACCCCUGGUGAUGGAGCCCGAGAGCAGGCUGUACGGCAGUCCGGUUGUCGUACUGGAUUUCCAGUCGCUGUACCCCUCGCAGAUCAUUGCGUACAACAUGUGCUACUCGACGUGUGUGGGCCGGACGGCACAUGCGCGGGCGGGUGGUCAACCGGUACGGCUGGGUGUCACGCAGUACAGCUACCCCGUAGGUGCCGUACUACCCACUGCCACCUCGGGGGGUGGCGCCGCUGCUGCUGCUGCUGCUGCUGUGGCGGCGGCGGCGGGCGCCACGAUAACAUGCUCCCCUCCCCAUUCCUCAUCUCCACCAUCUUCAUCCCCAACAUCGGACAAUGCAGCAGCCCAGGAAGCAGCAACAGCAGCCGGGGCAGCAGCAACCAAGCCAGGGAGGGCUGCACACGCCGGGAGCAGCAGCAGCAGCAGCACCUGCGCCGCCACCCCAGACAACCUGAUCAUCUGCCCCAACGGUGUGGCCUACGUGCCUCCAGAGGUUCGUCCCGGCGUGCUGCCCCGAAUGCUGAGUGAGAUCCUGAACACUCGCAUCAUGAUCAAGGGCGCCAUGAAGCGGGCCCCGCAGCAGGACAAGGUCCUCCACCGUGUGCUCAAUGCGCGACAGCUGGGCCUCAAACUCAUCGCCAACGUCACCUACGGCUACACCGCUGCGGGCUUCAGCGGGCGG